AUGGAUGGGUUUCGCCGUGCCGAGCGCCGGUCUCUCAAGAGCCGAGACGGAGGUGGUUACCAGCCUACAGACGGACCGGUGUACCCCGGGGAUAGACAUUAUGAUUUGAAGGCUGCGAAUGCAAAGACGGCGAAUACGGCUUUGGCGAGGGAGCUGAAGGGGAGGCAUUUGCAGAUGAUUGCCUUUGGCGGUGCUAUUGGAACUGGUCUGUUUGUCGCUUCGGGCGCUUCCCUGUAUAGAGGCGGCCCAGCAAGUGUCCUCAUUUCGUACCUCAUCAUCGGCGCGAUGCAGUAUUGCACCAUGCAGUCUCUCGGCGAGCUUUGCGUCGUAUUUCCCAUCGCCGGCUCAUUUUCUGCCUUUUCCACACGGUUUUUGGAUCCCUCUUGGGGUUUCGCGAUGGGUUGGAACUACUGUCUGCAAUGGCUUUUCAUUCUCCCUCUAGAAAUCAUCGCCGGCGCAUUCACAAUAUCAUACUGGAACGAAGCCCUCAGCAAAUCCAUCUUUGUCGCCAUCUUUCUGCUCGCGAUUGUCAUCAUCAACCUGUUUGGCGUCAAAGCCUAUGGCGAGGCGGAGUUCGUCUUUUCCAUCAUCAAGGUCACGGCUGUCAUUGGCUUUAUUCUCCUCGCUAUCGUAAUUAACAUCGGUGGUGAACCCGAAAGCGGCUAUAUCGGCGGCAUGUAUUGGCGUAACCCGGGGCCCUUCAACAACGGCUUCAAAGGUUUCUGUAGCGUCCUUGUCACCUCCGCGUUCUCAUUUACCGGUACCGAGCUAAUCGGUCUUGCUGCUGCCGAGACUGCCAACCCCCGCAAGUCGCUUCCCACCGCGAUCAAGCAGGUCUUUUGGCGUAUCACCAUCUUCUACAUCGUCGCUCUCAUGCUCGUCGGUCUGCUAGUUCCCUCCAACGACAGUCGCCUCAUGAGUGGUUCCAGCGUGGCCGACGCCAGUGCCAGCCCGUUCGUCAUUGCCAUCGAAAAGGCCGGCACCACAAUCCUCCCGAGUGUCAUGAACGCCAUCAUCCUCGUCGCCGUUAUUAGCGUCGGCAACUCGGCCGUUUUUGGCUCCUCGCGAACCCUUGCAGCUUUGGCAGAGCAGUCUCACGCCCCUCAAAUCUUUGCUUAUGUUGAUAAGCAGGGCCGUCCUCUUAUGGCUAUUAUCCUUGCGUCUUGCAUUGGUCUGCUCGCUUUCCUUGCUGACCUGAGCUUCCACGAUGCCAUCUUUAACUGGCUACUCUCCAUCAGCGCUCUUAGUACCUUGUUCACCUGGGCCAGUAUCUGUCUCUGCUACAUCCGAUUCCGCAAGGCCUGGGCCUACACAUCGCAUACACUGGAGCAGCUCCCCUUUAGGUCACACGUUGGUGUCAUUGGCGCAUGGUUCUCCUUUGUCGGUUACGUCCUCGUCCUCAUCUCUCAGAUCUGGAUUGCAGUGUCACCCGUACACGAGCCCGACAUGGACGAGAGUGCCCCCGCGCUGGUGCAAAACUUCUUCCUCAAGGUCAUGGCUCUACCCAUUAUCCUCCUAUUCUAUGGCCUCCACAAGCUCUGGUACCGCACAAAGAUUGUGCGCGUCGACGAGAUGGACGUCGAGACUGGACGGCGGUACUUCCGUAUCCACAUCAUGACGGAGCAGGAGCGCGAGGAGAGACUUGGAUGGCCAAUGUGGAAGAAGCUAUAUCGACUUCUCUGCUAA